UAAUAAAAAAGUAUAUUUCUUAAACAUGCUUCAAAGGUUUACAUGGACUAGAAUCUGAUUAUACUGUAAAUAAUUUAAAAUGAUUAUUAAAGUUGUGGAUAGCUUAAUGAUUGGUCCAUAACCGAGGAGGAGCACACUGGAAAUAAAAUAAGAUACAAAAUAAGAUAAUCAGUUAGCCACAUAGCCAAGCCAAUGUGAUAACAGUAUGAUAGUAUGGCUCAAAAUGCAAGAAAUUUUAGGUAAACCUAAUCUUUAUUCACAUUUAUUGUUUAAUUCAAUAUUUAAUUGGACUUUCGCCACACCCCCUUUCUACGAACGCCAUUUUGUUGACAUGCAGACUGGCUAUCAAAAUAGGCAUCUCGGGAUGCUGUGUAAAGUCAACACUGGCUUUGACACUUUCAGAAAAUGAUCAAAAUAUUCCCUGUGCCCCCAACAAGCACUGUCAUACCAGUGUGGCUGCUCUGGACAGCAUACAGACAUAUUUGCAAUGUCUUCGACCACCCAUUUCAACAUGAAACUCGCCGCGAUUGACGUCACCGAGCCAUCUUUGUCCAGCUAAUCCAGGCGCUGUUUAUUACACCUUCAUUACUGUAGGAACAGCCACAGCGCCAGGCUCUUAUUAUAGCCUGCAGGUGCCACAUCCAAGUAGAAAUAGGAAGAAAGGGGCUUUUGAAGCGACGCUUCAUAUCUCUGUGGUGAACGGUGCUCCUCCUUGAUUCAGUGAACGCGACAAUAACCAGCGGAAGAGUGCCAGAGGGUAGAGAGGAGCGCACAAGGCAAUCCACAUCCAUCUGCCAGGCACUUGGGACGCGCUAACGUUUCCAGUCCGGAUUUCACCACAGCUCUUCACCCACUCCAACCAAGAACAUGUCUGCCCCAGCUUCAGGUGCCCCUGCCCCAGAGGGAGGGAAUCAGCCCCCUCCAAACCUCACCAGCAACCGCCGUCUGCAGCAGACACAGGCGCAGGUGGAUGAGGUGGUGGAUAUCAUGCGUGUAAACGUGGACAAGGUUCUGGAGCGUGAUUCUAAGCUGUCAGAACUAGACGACCGGGCUGAUGCGCUGCAGGCCGGAGCCUCCCAGUUUGAGACCAGUGCUGCUAAACUCAAGAAUAAAUACUGGUGGAAAAAUGCUAAGAUGAUGAUUAUCCUGGGUGUGAUAUGUGUGAUUGUCCUCAUCGUCAUUAUUGUGUAUUUCAGCACCUAAGAAGGGACACUCCUACCCCAGUCUAAUCCAACGUCCUUGCUACAGAAAACCCUCAAAUUGAUGACAAAAAGAUCACUGAUAGUAGAGCUCUGAUUCUCUCCCUUCUAUAGUCUCAGUAUAUUUCCACCCCACACCCCUCAGGGCCCCAUGGCUCCCCCACGCCCAUCACCUCGCUCUGGCCCCUGCCCACACCUGUCACUGUGGCCCUGUCUCUGGGUCCUCUCGGCUUUUCCAGCUGGCCAUACCAACUGAGAACCAAACACUUGUGACAGCGGGAAAGGAAACAAUUGGCUAGAAUUGUUACAUACCUGAUAUUAUGUAGUUCUUUGUAGACUUUGAUUCUAAUAUACUGUUUUUGUAGGUGAGUGUGCGGUGUGUGUGCAUUUUGUAAGUUUGAUUUUUUUGUAUUCAUUUUAUGUAUGCUUCAGCAUUAACUACUGCCUAUUAUUCAAAGUGUGUAACUUGCAUGUUCCCAUCAUCUGUCCUUUCCUGGCUUACUUGGUUUUCAAUGUUGUUGCAUAUUUUAUCUCUGGAGACAGUCACUAACACUGAUUUCUAUGGAGAAUCCGCUCUCUUGGAUGAUCUUGAAUACUGCAUGCAUCUUUACAUGCAUCUCUAGUUGUGACAAGUCACAGUCCCUUAAGUCUGAUUCAGGUAUACUUUUACUGUUGCUCCCCAGUAGUCCUCUUAGCAUGCUUGAACACCUCAGUAACUUUAAAUGAUUUUGAAACUGCCAUAGUACAGUCGGACCAAUGUCUGUAGAUGUUUCUUUUGUUGAAAUGUUUCGUAGUGUCUUAUUUCGAGAACAUUCCUUCAUUGCAGUUUAGUGCAAAUGCUCUUACUGUAGCACAUGUAAUUGUAAGUAUCUUAUGUGUCGAAAAAAGUUAGUCAUAACCACAUAGUGAGACUAAAAUAUCUAUAAAUAGGUCUAAGUUAGAAUAGGGGGUUUCAGUCCAAAAUAGGUUUAUUUUCUCAACAUAAGCGCGUACUGUGGUAAUGUCAAUGUGGACCUUGGCUUGAAAUUCCUAAAGGGUAUUGUGAUAGAUAUUUUUUCACAAGCCUUGAUAGACUCAAAAGCCUUAGUAUCCAGUUACUACAAUACUUAAUAUGGUCAAACUCUUGCACCACUCUGUGAUGGGUGGUAGCUGACUCCAGGCGAGGAAAUCUCAAAUGCACAAACUACCUUGUUUUUGAUGGCGCUCUCUGGCUGGUCAUUCCAUAAGAGCACAGAUACAAACUAAUCAGCCUUAUUUGCAAAACCAGGAAUAACUUUAGACAAUAUAGCGCUGGCUGGGGUUUAAGUUAAACUCAGUUCACCUUAAUGAGUAGCAUUCUCUCUCACCUUCUAGUUAAGGCCUUUUUUCUUUUUUAAACAAUAGAAUAUAUAUUUUAUGAUAGUAUAUUUUUGUGUCAAACAGGCAGGUAAAAAAGAAAAUUGCAGUUCUUUUCUACCGGCCUGUGUCGUUUUAUAUAAUAUCGCUGUAAGCGUUGUACACUGCCAAGCAUUAAGGGAGAGGCUUUCGUUUGUUUCAUAGGUGCCCUAAACAACUGAUAGUAAUUAUGACAAGCUAACGUAGCCUUUUAACUCCCCACCAGCUCCACAGACCAGCCCACUCCCCUUGUGCACUGAUCUAGACUCUUAGGUGUGCUUGUGUGUGUGUUAGAAUAGCCCUGUCACAGGGAAUAUCCCUAGUUGAUCCCACCAGAUUAGACUGCUUAAAUCUUUCGAGUGAAGGCCUCCUGGUUGUUUCCUUUGACCAAUGCGAGCAGAGGGAGAGGUGUUUCAGUUCUUACCUUUAUAACUACUUCUCCACUUCCCCACAUCCAGACUAAAAAGAUUACCAAAGACCAGAUACUUUGCUUAUGCUGCCAAUUGCCAUCAAAAACAAGCGAGGAAGAAAGUACAGGUUGUCCAAAUGACCCUAAAUAGAUUAACCCUUGUAUCUUUGAGGACCUUACACCAUAUGUGAGUGUGCCAUUUGAAUAUAUGCAAUUUAACCAAAUCAUUGUGAAGAGCAUGCUUUGACAACCCAAAAUAAUGCUCUCAUAACCCGAUGUGAAGCAACCCAGGUCUGAAGAUUGUCUUUUUCGACACAUUAAUAGCACAACUCUUUAUUUCUCUGUCUUCAUAGUGCUGCCAAGUUUAACUAGAUAAAUGCUUCAAAAGCCGCAUUGUUUGGUGUUGUAAUAUGGGGGUGUUUUGGGGGUAGGGGGUCCUAUAUCCUCAGAUUAAGAUAAAAAAAAAAAAGUAUUUAUCAAACUAUAUGUAAAAAUUAAUAAAUGUAAAUUGGGAUUUAUUGCAAUACAAAAUCAUGACAGGGUUACCUGUUUAGCCAUCCUUGCUAACGAUGCACUGAAGUGACACAACACUAUUGAUUGGGGUAGGACUUCUACGAUUUUCCCAUAAUUCCACUUGUCCUGUGAGUGCUCAGCCAACAAUGGUGAAACUGAAAAUGAGUGCUCUUCUUUUGUUUUUCGGUUCAGUUGCUUUCUUGUCUGUAUGGAAAAGUGUGCAUAUGUUUAACCGUGGCACAUUUUGUUGUUGGGUUUUGUUGUUGUUUUGAUGGAAUGGAAUGAACGUGGAAGGAGAAUAUUGUCUUGUCAACCUUGAGAAAUGUUCAGGGAUCUCAACUUGGCUGUGUUCAAACCAUUUGGCGGUUUCUAAUUCAACUACAACGUGUAUUUGGAUUCAAAAAGCCAGACUAUCAGACACUACAAUCCUAUGUCGCCUCCAAAUGAUUCGGACACAGUCAUUAGGAGGGACCCUACUGAAUCUCUGAAUGUUUUGUUGGAGGACUAAAGCUACAAAUGAUUCUACUUGUUUUAUUUUGAACCAAAUAUUUUUAUUUUUCAUUUUGCAUCAAUUUUGUAAUAACUCCAGAUGUCACUGAGAUGUUUGUGUGUACGCACUGACAGUAAAAAAGAACGGAAGUCGAUGGGAAAAAAGUAUUUUUAACCUAAUUUUGAAGAAAGCGUACUAAUCUUAUGGUUUACAACAGAAAGUUGUUUGUAUCUUACGAGAUUUUUUUUGUUUGUUUGUUUAAAGUGUUUAUUUUUGAGGAGAAAUUUUGAUUCUUUUGUGGGAUAGAAUUUUAUUUUUUUGUUUAGAAAAAAUAAUAUUGCCUCUGAUUGUCUGGCCUUUUGGAGGGACAAGGCUGGACCCUCAUGGGCAAUGUACACAUAGUAUUUCUGAUUUCUUGAUUUAUUUAUUGAUAGAUUUAUUGUGUUGUCGUCCAUUUUGGGAUUAGAAUCUACACAAGGUUGACUCUAUUAAAGUAGGGGAAGUUGAAUGAAAAACUGAAGUACAUAAAAUAAUUGUAGUGUAAAAAUCUAUCAAUGUCUUAUUAUAUUGAUGAACAUCAUGAAAUAUAUGUAUAUUGGAAAACGGUA